CUUACUCGCCUUGAAGGGCGGGCCUUCCGCUGGCCUAUGCGGGCGCGCUCGCCUGUGACGGAGAAGUUGAUUUCUGCGCUGCUUUUUGAGCUGUAGUCGGUUAAUUGGAAGUGUAACGGCGAGGCAGUCUUCUGGUUUCCUUUACGAAAACAUAAUCCUUGUGGUCAUAUAAGCAGUGACUCGGUCAUGUCGAACUCGCGACCCAGGCCCCGCUGGGGCGCCAGAGGUGGCUCUGGGGCAGCCGGCCGGGACGAGCUGGUGUUGCGGUCCUUGCAGAGCGCAGAGCACUGUCUGGGCACACAGGACUUCGGCACUGCGUAUGCCCAUUACCUCCUCGUGCUCAACCUGGCGCCUGAGCUGAAGGACGACGUGAAGGAAACUUUUCAGUAUACACUCUUCCGAUGGGCUGAAGAGCUUGAUGCCCUCAAUCGAAUACAAGACUUACUUGGUUGCUAUGAGCAGGCCUUGGAACUAUUUCCUGAUGAUGAAGUGAUUUGCAAUAGUAUGGGGGAACAUCUCUUCAGGAUGGGCUUUAGAGAUGAAGCAGCCGGGUAUUUUCAUAAAGCAGUGAAGCUAAACCCUGAUUUCAGUGAUGCAAAAGAGAAUUUUUAUCGUGUUGCAAACUGGUUGGUGGAACGCUGGCACUUUAUCAUGCUUAAUGACAGCAAGAGGAAUAUGAUUUAUAAUGCAGCCAUCCAAAAGGCAGUUUGUUUGGGGUCCAAAAGUGUUUUGGACAUUGGAGCAGGAACUGGAAUUCUGAGCAUGUUUGCUAAAAAAGCUGGGGCACAAUCGGUAUAUGCCUGUGAGUUAUCCAAAACGAUGUAUGAACUUGCCUAUGAUGUAGUGGCUGCAAACAAGAUGGAAGCAGGGAUAAAGCUCCUACAUAUGAAGUCACUUGACAUAGAAAUUCCAAAACAUAUUCCUGAAAGAGUGUCCCUAGUUGUAACAGAAACUGUCGAUGCAGGUUUAUUUGGAGAAGGAAUUGUGGAGAGUUUGAUUCAUGCAUGGGAGAAUUUGCUUUUGCAGCCAAAGAUCAAAGGUGAGAAUGAUAAUAGUGAAAAAUAUGGGAAAGUUAUACCAGCAAGUGCUGUUGUAUUUGGGAUGGCAGUAGAGUGUGCAGAGAUAAGACGACAUCACAGAGUGGGUAUUAAGGACAUUGCUGGUAUCCAUUUGCCAACAAACAUGAAAUUUCAGAGUCCUGCUUAUUCUUCAAUAGAUACUGAAGAAACAGUAGAACCUUAUACAACUGAAAAGAUGAAUCAAGUUCCUGGAGGGUAUUUGGCUUUGACAGAAGGCUUUGAAAUUAUGAAAGUAGAUUUCAACAAUCUUCAGGAAUUAAAAAGUCUUGCAACCAAAAAGCCUGAUAAGCUUGGUAUUCCUGUUAUUAAAGAAGGUAUACUAGAUGCUAUUGUAGUUUGGUUUGUGCUCCAGCUUGAUGAUGAACACAGUUUGUCUACAAGUCCUAGUGAGGAAACAUGUUGGGAACAGGCUGUUUACCCUGUGCAAGAACUGACAGACUAUAGUGUAAAGCCUGGAGACCAUGUAACAAUGGAAGUAUCUUGUCAAGAUUGUUACCUAAGAAUUCAGAGUACCAGCAUUUUGGAUUUAGAACAUAAAAUGGAAGUUUCGAAAAGUUGUACCAAGAAUAAAGACUUACUGUCUUUGGAAAAUGAGGCUGAACUCUGUAGUGCUCUGGCUAACCUUCAGACUAGUAAACCAGAUGGUGUAGAGCAGACAUGUGUGUUGGAAUCCACAGAAAUUGCUUUACUUAACAACAUCCCUUAUCACGAAGGCUUUAAAAUGGCAAUGAGGAAAGUGUUGUCUUCAUUGACCCCAGAGAAACUGCAUCAGGUCAUGGAUACUCACUGUCAGGAUAAUGAAAUGAGCUCUGAAACUGGACAGACUAAUACUAUACAGAGUACCCCUGAGCCUUCCUAUGUUUUGGAUGUGUCUGAAGGCUUCUCUAUUCUGCCUAUAAUUGCUGGCACACUUGGGCAGGUGAAGCCUUAUAGUUCUGUCGAGAAAGACCAGCAUAGGAUUGCUCUAGGCCUCAUCUCUGAAGCCAAUCACUUUCCUAAAGAAACACUUGAAUUUUGGCUGAGACAUGUGGAGGAUGAGUCUGCUGUCUUGCAAAGGCCCAAAUUAGACAAAUUGUGGAGCAUAAUUAUAUUGGAUGUCAUUGAGCCAUCUGGGCUCAUUCAGCAAGAAAUAAUGGAAAAAGCUGCCAUAUCCAGGUGUUUACUACAACCUGGAGGGAAGAUCUUUCCUCAGUAUGUGCUGAUGUUUGGGAUGCUUGUGGAAUCACAGACACUGGUGGAAGAGAAUGCUGUUCAAGGAACAGACCGUACUCUUGGGUUGAAUAUAGCACCUUUUAUCAACCAGUUUCAGGUGCCUAUACGUGUAUUUUUGGACUUGUCCUCGUUGUCUUGUAUACCUUUAAGCAACCCGGUGGAACUCUUAAGACUAGAUUUAAUGACUCCAUAUUUGAACACAGCCAACAGAGAAGUAAAGGUACACAUUUGUAAAUCUGGACAAGUGACUGCUAUUCCAUUUUGGUAUCAUAUGUACCUUGAUGAUGAGAUUUGGUUGGAUACUGCAAGUGAAGCCUCCCACUGGAAACAAGCUGCAGUUGUUUUAGAGCAUCCCAUGCAGGUUGAAGUGGGAGAAGAACUUGUUCUUAGUAUUGAGCAUCACAAGAGCAAUGUUAGCAUCAUAGUCAAACACUGAAGAUCAGCUUUCUACUAAAAAUGUCACUUAGAACAUCAAGUAUAAAAUUCUUGUUUGAAUUACUGGGCUUAUGAUCAUAAAAUGUAUAAAAUCUUAAUUUCUCAUAAUCAAAUAUUUUUCAGAAGUGACAUUAAGAAAGCACAUUUAAAAGAUCCUAAAUUAAAGAGUAGCAUUAUUUUUAUAUUAUUGCUGCAAACUUGCUUUCUGGAAAAGGAUACAUCAUUAGUUUUUGAAAUUAGGAAACUAUUUUUCUUUAUAGGGAUUUUAAAAGUCAACCUCAUUGUUAUGCAUCAGUAAGUAAAGCAGUAUUUUAAUUUUGUAGGCAUCUUGACUUAUAAUUGGGAAACAUCUAACAGUAGGUCUCCACAAAGGCUUAGGGUUGUGUUUACCUGUAAAUCACAGGCCUACUUCUUUUUUUUGGUACCGGGGAUUGAACUCGGUACCUUGCGCUUACAAGGCAGGUGCGGUGCCACUGAGCUAAAUCUCUGGCUCACAGCCCUACUUCUUUUAAAUACUCAGAGUAUUCUUAAAGACUAAGAGUUAGGGAGGAAUUACAUUAUUAGGAGGCAUUUUUGUCUUGAUCUGUUUUGGUAAAGAAAAAUUAAAAGGCUGAUAAAAGAUUAAUUCUAAACCAGUACUUUUGUUUUGAUUUGGAUGCACAGUAAGAAAGAACUCAUUCCACUUUUACAGACUUUUGAAAUAAGGAAAUUAGUAGGAUUGUCAUACCUUCUAUAUGCUAAAAGUGCUUUAUAAGCCCCCAAAAUGUUUCUUUGUUCUGUCUGUUCUCAUUGUCUCUAUUACCACGCUACCCAGCUUUCUUUUAAAUAAAUUUUAAUUAUUAAUAUUUAA